AUCAUCAAAUGAUCUCACGCUUAUGGUGUCCCCAGGUGCCCUGACAAACCUGUCCGGAAUAUAAGACAGAUUACCCUGGGGUGCAGGAAUUCAAAGAGGACCUUUCACAUUCAGGCUAUGCAGGGGAAAUUUAAGUUUUGGCAUCCGGUUCAUCCAUUAGUUUCUCAUUGGUAUGGCUCGUAAGCUAAAGGUUCAUAGGGUAGGAUAAAGCUCGGAGACCCGCCCUCUGGACCUUCUCCCCCGCCCAAAGAAACACAGCCAGGUGUCGGCCCGCUGUUUAAGAAAGUCCUAGUUCUCUGGUUUCGGUGGGGUACGGUCUCCAGGUUUGUUGACAAAAUUGCAUAGCAUUUUACCAUGGGGCAGGUCAAGAGCGCCGGUAAGCAUUCCUGCUCGUGGUCCGAGUGUCCUGCGUGGGGAUGGCGCUACCUUCUUUUCAGAAGACUGUGACAGCCCUUGUCCCGCGAGAGUGGCCGGGCUGGGAACGACGGCCCAACGCCGGGCCCCUCCCACAGGCAGGCGUCAGGGAAGGUUGAACAGCUCGUGUUCACGGAGCGCCCAGGGAGCUCCACGCCCAGGGUUCGUCCUAGGAGACGCGGACCAAGGUGCCGGCCGCAAGCCCAUAAAGGCUGCUGGAGGCGGUAGAGUGGGGCGCGGGAGCCCCGGCCGCGCAGAACACGAAGCCUGAAAGCCGCGCGCCGCCACCGCCCGCCAUGAGCGGCUCCCUGCGGCCGGGCCCAAGCGGCUGGCGGAGGGCGGCCUCCGUGGUGCUGGCGGCGGGCUGGACGCACCCAGGCCCCGCCGCCCCGCCGCCCCCAGAGGGCUUCCGGCUGCUGCUGCUGCAGCGCUCCGGCGGCCACGGCUUCAUGCCUGGGGCGCACGUCUUCCCGGGCGGCGUGCUAGACACGGCCGACCGCUCGGCCGAGUGGCUGAGCCUCUUCGCGCCGCACCACAGGCCGCCGCGCUUCAGCCUGGGCCCAGCGCCUCCCGCGCGCAACGCCUUCCCGGGGCGGCCUGACGCCGGGGACUCGCAGGGGCGACCGGACGCUGGGGACCCGCAGGUGCUGCCUGAUGACAUAGCCUUCCGCAUCUGCGCCAUCCGCGAGGCCUUCGAGGAGGCGGGCGUGCUGCUCCUGCGGCCCCGGGGGUUCUGGGGGCCCAGGGACUCGGCGCCCGCUGCGGCCGAGCUGGGCCGCGCCCUCGAGCCGCCGCCCGGCCUGGCCGACUGGCGCGCCCGCGUCCGCAGGGACGCGCGCCACUUUCUGCGCCUGUGUGCGCACCUGGACUGCACACCCAACAUCUGGGCGCUGAGCGACUGGAGCGGUUGGCUCACGCCGUUCACGCGCCCCGGCGGCCGCCGCUUUGACACGACCUUCUUCCUGUGCUGCCUGCGCGAGCCGCCGCCCGUCUACCCAGACCUGGCCGAGGUGGUGGACUACCAGUGGUCAUCUCCAUCAGAGGCAACCCAAAGUUUCAUAUCGAAGAAAAUUUGGUUGCCACCCCCACAGUUUUAUGAAGUAAAAAGACUGGAAAACUUUGCCUCUAUCUCUGAUUUGCACAAAUUUUGUUUGGAUCGUGCCUCAGAAGGGGUGGAAAGAUGGCUGCCAAUCACAUUUGUAACUGCUGAUGCAAUGAUACAGCUUUUACCAGGUGAUGAACUGUACUUAGAAGAUUCAGACUUUUUAGAAAAUCUUUUGUCCACUGAAAAAAAGACUGAAGAAAUCUUGAAAGAGGUCAGGACAUUUCACCGAAUAGUAAUAUACAGCCGCCAUGUUUAUAGUAUCUACGUGACGGUUCAGUCAAAGUAUAAACACGUUUAUCCUAAGAACUAUGUAGCAAAUAAGAACCAUUUGUAGAGAACUACUUAUAUAUAAGCUAGCCUACUUGAAGUUAUCCUAAUGAAUAAUGUGGUUGACCAGACUUGAUUGGAACUUAAAGAACUUUGUGCCUGUAAAAGUUAUAGUGCAGUCUUUCAUAUUUCAAGUGUAUUACAAACUGUCUUGCUUAUUUUAUUCUUUAAACCUUAAUAGUAUCAUGGAAGUAUAAAGUAUUAUGAUCUUAUUACCAAAAUAAGAAAAAAAAAAUGUCACAAGUGUUUCCACUUCUGUAUUGUUUUAUUAUGAAAAGUUUUAAUAAGAUGUUCUCCUGUCAUUGUAUUUUAACUGUCCAGUGUAUUUGUACACGUUGAGGUGCUUAGGAGAUGGAUCCAUGGAUGCCUUAGACCCUCUGCUGGAGUUAAGGGAUGUCUGCUUACAUGGCUAAUAGUAGACUGAGACAACCUUUCACUCACAAUGGCAUUAUUUUCUUACUGUGUCUUUAGCUUGAUGAUUAAAAUACAAUUCUGUUUAAAACCAAAUGGCAUUAGUUGUUAGGUUCACCAAAAUGGAAACCUCUUCCAGUUAGUUAAUAUAUUCAAGAAAUAGAAAGCCAUAACAAAAACCAUAAUAUUUUUAUUCCAGAGUGCUGGUUAAUGAAUACAUUGAUGUUAGAGAGACAUAGAACUAUCAAUCAUUUAAGGUGUUUAUUAGUGAUGUUCAUUUUCAAUAUUUUUAAUAUGGGUAGUGUUUUCACCUCUUAAGAGGAAUAUGUUUAUUGAUUAAAGAUGGGAAGUAGUUAGGACACCAAUUCUAUUUCAGAUCUUUGUAUUACACAUUAUAUAAUGGAUUUCAUUUUUCAUGAAAUGUGUUAAUUUUCUUACCUACAAAAUAGAGAUGUUGAUAGAGUUUAUUAUUUAAUCCUAAUUAGAGCAAUACAUUUAGAUCACUGAGGUUGAUAAAUAAAAAUUUUAUUUUCUAUGAUACAGUAAUACAAUGUCUUGAAACUUGCAGUUAUAAACUCAGGAAUAAAUACUAAGUUGGUAUACA